AUGCAUAUAGGGCAAAUUGGAGAGCAUGGUUUAAAAGAAAUCUAUAAGAGAGGUCUUCUGGACGGGAAGAUGAGUUGCAAGAUAGAUUUCUGUAAGUUAUGUGUGAUGGGAAAGCAGUCCAAGGUGUCUUAUUCAGAGGCACUUCACAGUUUUGAGGCAAUUCAGGAGGGGUCCAGUGAAAAUGGACUAGCAAUAGUUAGUAAUGAGCAGGAAGUCAAAGCAGGACAGAAGGACAUGGUUGCUUAUGCGCUUCUGGUUGGCACCGAUGAUCCAUCCAAUUUUUGA